AAGAACAGCUCUCCAAGCUUGUAGCUGAGAAUGAUAAACUUAGACGGGAAAAUGCUGAAUUCUUGGCUAAGAAAAUGGGACUUAUAGCUAGAAUUGCGGAAUUAGAACGAUCUGCAAAAGAAAUUGCAAAGAACGCACGCAAACUAAAAUCCUGA